AUGAAUUUACCAAAUAUAGUUGAUUUUGAUGGUUACCUUUCAUCGGAUGCUACCAAAAUGGAUUUGCGAAAAAUUUACAAAUCACAUUUCCGGGUGCAAGAAGCAGAGAUGCUUGCUGCACGCCACUUAACGCAAAUAACGUCGAAAUUGCUGCUACGGCAAUCACAAGUGAGACCUUACCACACCCAUCCAUCACCAUAUUAUCCCAAGCUCAACAGGCAUGCUUUACCCUAUGACCCCCAGGAGCCACGAAAUAUUCUUGCACCCGAGCAAAACUACAUCCAACGCCAACCACAGGUCAACGACACCAUAGUAGUGGCCAUGUCAUCGGGUGUUGACUCUUCCGUCUGUGCCGCCUUGUACUCCAAGUACCCCAACGUGCGUGGAGUGUACAUGUCCAACUGGUCGCAAACGGCGACAUGCACUGAACGCGAUUGGAAAGAUGUAAAACAAAUUUGUCAACAGUUGGGGAUCCCUCAUGAGCGUGUAAAUUUUGAAUCUGAUUAUUGGGAUAAUGUUUUUAGUCCCAUGAUUGACAAAUAUCGUUUGGGACUAACUCCCAAUCCUGAUGUUGGGUGUAAUAAAUAUGUCAAGUUUGGUAAAUUAGCUCAAUAUUUUAAUGACAAGUACGGUGAAAAUUGGUGGUUGGUGACGGGUCACUAUGCACGCAUCAUGCAAAGUUCAUCAUCAGGUGAGUUCCACUUGCUUCGUGGAUUAAGCACGCGUAAAGACCAAUCGUAUUACCUUUCGUCAAUCCCGGCAAAUGUACUUCAUCGAGUCAUAUUCCCACUUGGUCACUAUUUGAAAUCGGAAACGAGGCAAAUGGCAACCCAGUUUGGUCUUCAUGUGAAAAACAAGCCCGACUCGCAAGGACUAUGUUUUGUCAAUCCGCAACAAUCGAAUUUCCGCGACUUCCUCAAUGAGUAUAUCGAACCUAAUCCCGGCGACAUUGUGACUGAAGAUGGCAAAAUAUGGGGUCAUCAUCAGGGGCUAUGGCAUGCGACAAUUGGACAAAAGUCGAGUGUGUCGAUGCCACAGGGAGAUCCCAAUUACAAGGGUGUCUGGUUUGUUGCUGAUAAAGAUGUGGAAAAGAAUCAAUUGAUUAUAGUUCGGGGACAUGAUAAUCCUAAAUUGUAUAAGUCUAGAGUCAUUGUUAGUGACGUGGAUUGGGUUUAUGAUAGGGAGAAGGCUGUCGGUUUAGAUCCUAGCAUGGUUGAGUUUCAGCAUCAUUCUUUAUCAACACCAACGAGGAUUAAACUGUGGAAUAUAACUGAUGGAAAUGUAGUGGAGUUGGAGUUGGCCGAUAGUGUGCGAGCAUUGGCUCCUGGUCAAGCAGGUGUGUUUUAUCAUGGUAAUCAAGUGUUGGGUGGAGGCGUGAUAUCAAAAACGGAAACAUAG